AUGUACGAAAACACCUCGAAUUGUCUCUACCAUUGCUUUUUUGUUGCGAUUUAUUCUCCAGGAUGGUUCAUUUGCUCCAUUCUCAUGACUCAGCUUCUCUUCAUGCGUUGCUCGGAUGCCCUCUUUUUGUUCCUCACACUAUUAGCUGGGACAUUUCUCCCCGUGUGGUCAUUGUUCUUAUCCUCGUUUUUCAGGAAAGCCCAUCUAGCAGGACUUUAUACUUCCAUUCUCGCAUUCGCGCUGGCCUUUGGCACUGUAGCGUUCGUGUUCAGUGACAUCCCACCUUAUACCACGAUCUUAAUACUAAGUGUCUUAUUUCCUCCAUUCACCUACUCAACUCUCAUCGGCGACAUUGCGCGGGCCGAGGAGCACCUCGCGAACUUUUCGCUUCUGAAGCCCACGGUGUCCACCACUACCACCUCUGGUAAUCAGAAUUUCACUCCGCAAGUCACCGGCUACCUGUAUAUCGUGUUGUUCUGUGCUCAAAUUGUGAUUUACACCGCUGCGUGCUUUGCAGUCGAACACUACAAAUGGAGUGUGAAAAGAACCUACGAUGAGAUCGAUUCGUCUAGUGAUAUUGCAGUACGCUGCACCGAACUUUCGAAGACUUACAAAGCAAGCCGUCGAUGGUACUGGCCAUGGAGCACAGUUGGAAGCAGCCAUCUUGCUGUUAACAGUUUGAAUCUUGAAUUGAAGACAGGUUCAGUUAAUUUCCUGCUUGGGCCAAAUGAGGGAGGUAAAACGACGACGCUGAAAUGUAUCACGGGCAUCUUACCUGCGGACAAGAGUUCUCGACUGGAGAUCAAUCAAAAUGCCACAUUUUUUGACGUCUGUCCCCAGCAUAAUGUUUUCUGGGAGAGACCGACGGUAGCCGUACACGUCAGACUAUGGAGAAAGAUUAAACUAGAGCAACUGUGGUUGGAGGCGAAGUUGAUAGGCCAGCAAAGGAAGCUGCAGCUUGCCAUCGCAUUUGUGGGAGGUUCCACAAUGUGCUUCAUUGAUGAGGCUUCCAGUGACUUGGAUCCUCUCUCAAGACGCAAUAUCUGGAACGUUAUCUCCAAUUGUCACUCGCGCCGUAUCAUAUUGAUAACUACGCAUUUCCUUGAUGAGGACGACAUUCUUGCGGAUAAUAUUUCAAUCAUCUAUAAAGGAGGACUUGUGUGUACCGGCACCACCACUCCAUUAAAAGCCAACUACGAACUGGACCUCAAGAUCCGCCAGAUUGCGACAGAAGAUGACGAAUGCUACGAAGAAGAAGAAGAAGAAGAAGAAAAUAAAAUGCCUACUUGGAACAUGAAGACUUCUACUGAAGCAACAAAGACGAUUCUCAAAUUGGAAGAGCUAUCAGGUGGUUUAUACUCAGUCACUUUCCCGACGCUAGAGCAAGUCUUUCUGAACUUCACCAAUUCAUCGCUGGUCGAUGGUAAUGGCAACGGAGAUGUAGCAUCUGGUGAUCAGAUAUCGAGACAGAAGACUGAGCUCGAAGAACUGAACCCAGGAAGUGUGGAGGGAGUAACCCUUAAAGCUGGGAACCAAACCAAGCUAUUUCACCAAGCAAGUUGCCAACUCGUCGGCCUGACUCUCAUACUAAUUAUAUUCAAAAUUCUAGUCAUUCUGAAGAAACACUACCUUCUAGCACGGCACAGUUGGAUGAGUUAUGGCAUCGCUCUCGUAAUCCCAAUUGUCAUUGCCGGUGCACUAGCUAGCCCGGUCGCCAAAUUCACCAGCUUUGAUCCCUAUACAUUUAGAAUAGAUGUUACCAUGCGAAAUGCAAGCAUAGCAUAG